CGUCAUUGAACUGCGACGCUUUGGAUUUUCCCUGAGACGGAGAAGAAAGCCUUACAUUUUACCUUAAUGUUUUAUCAGUAAUUAUUUAUUGUAGCGUGUACUGUACUUCAUAGUAUUUACAUCCUGCAAAGUUCUUAACUGCUGUCAAGUUACUCUUCGUCACGAUUGAGUUCCAGGAAUUUCCCCAGUGAGGGAUUAAUAAAGUCUAUGUUAUCUAAUUUUAUCUCAGAAAAAUGCCCCUACAACUUCUUGAAGGGAUGCCCAGCAAAAAGCGAAGACCUAACUGGACAGACCAGGAGUGUCUUCUUCUUGCUCAUUUAAUGCAGGAGAGAAAAGACAUAAUCAGAGGGAAGUGCAGCACUGGAGUUUCAAUACAGGAUAAAAGACAAGCCUGGGAGGAAAUAUCCCAAGCCAUCAACACUGCAUUUCCACAGAUUCAGCGUACAGUUUCUGACUGUAACAAAAAGUGGGAAAAUCUGCUGGCAAAGUCAAGGAAGGAGAUCAAACAACAAAGAGCGGGCAUAGAAGGCCUGUCUCUUGAGCAGUUUGGUACUGUGACUCAAGUAGUGAUUUCUGUGAUGAACCUGUCAGACAUGUUGCAACAGGAUAGGAAAGACUCUUCAGUCUCAGAGUUGGUGGGAACUCAACAAAACAGCUGUAAUGAAGAGGGAAAUGAGCACACGCUAGAUGAAAGAUUCUCAAACAAACAUCCACUGAGAGUGCUUGAACUCCCUGGAUAUCCAGAUUCAGCCACCUCUCCAGCCAAACAAGAAAUGGCAGCAUCCACUAACGUCCCUCAAUCGCGCACAGUGCAUUUUAGUACACAUCGUGCUGCUGGCUUAGCUGCUUCCUCAGAACACAUAGAUACCCCCUGCUCUACUUCCCCACACUGCAAAACUUUGCAAGAGCGAAUGGAUUUGGAAAUGUCUGUGCUGAGAAGACAAGAGACAGUCCUCAAGCUGCAAGAGGAAUAUUACACACUAAAAAUUAAGCUGAUGAAAAAGCAAAUGGAAGAGCCACUUUCAAAGGACUGAAUUUGCACCUGUUUGUGACUUGUGCCUGUCUCUGAAAUGUCUAUUCAUGUCAACUAAUAUUCAAAUAAUAUUAAUAAUUUAUAUUUGUAGUGAGUUUUGUAUAGUGAACCAAUAAAAUAGCAGAUUUAAUUUGUUGGAUACACAUUUUAUACUCUGCCACUGAGAAAUAUUAAUUAAGUGUGUGUGGUCAAACUUCACAAUGUCACAGCCAAGUAUUUAUAGCAAAUUUGCUUUUGGAUCCAUAAUAUCAGUUCCUCUUUUCAUUGUAAAGAAGAAAUUGCCCUAC